UAAAUUCAUUGUCUCUACCCGGAAGUUAAACAGUGGAGACCCACUGUUCCCGGUGUUUUUCGGUGUUCUGGUCGUCUGAACGGGUUUAUUUGUUACAGUAGAGCCGGUAACGGAAGAAAACAGAGCAGAUGUCCGCGCAGGGCGACUGUGAGUUCCUGGUGAAGCGCGCGCGCGAGCUUGUGCCGCAGGAUCCGUAUGCAGCUAAAGCCUGGCUGAUCACCGCGCGCACACUGUACCCUACUGACUUUAACAUACAGUAUGAGAUGUACAGUAUUGAGCGUAACGCUGAGAGGACGAGCUCUGCUGGCCGACUGCUGUACGACAUAUUCGUGAAUUUCCCCGAGCAGCCGGUGGUGUGGAGAGAGAUUUCUGCGAUCACGGCGGCCCUGAGGAACGACAGCCAGGACAAACACGCACAGUUUCUCAAAGGUGUGUUUGAGACUCUUCCAGGGCAGGUUCAGUGUAAGAUGCUCCUGAAGGCCACAGAACAGUGUUUCAACACACUGGAGAAGGCAGAGAUGCUGCUGCUGCUACUCAAGAGGUUCCCGGAGUCUGUGGUGCAGCACGGGGUCAGUCUAGGAGAGUCUUUACUAGAGGCGGAGUCUGUGGAGGAUCUGGAGACGCCCGUCAACUGUUUCAGGAAGCUGUUCGUGUGUGACGUUCUGCCGCUGAUCCUGAAUAAUCCAGAGAUGUGUCUUCCUGUCAGUCUGCUCUAUAAAUACUUGCACAAAGCAGCAGAGUUUUACAUCUGUUACGUCACACGGGAGCCGUCGGCGGAUGGACAGAUGCAGGGCUCACAGGAAGUGGGCGGUCUGAAGUCUCCAGGACGUGGGAGGGGCCAACGUUCUGUGAUUGACGGGCUGUCAGAGAAGGCGUCCGUGGUGACGGAGCCGUGGGAUAGGCUGCUGGAGAUGGUGGGCGUGGUCGGCUCGCUCUGUGAUUGGCAGGGAGAGAAAGGAAGCCGGUCGUACGCAGAGCUCCUGCAGCGUGUGUCAGAUCUCUGCAGGUUUUUGUCAGCUGCAGACACAGACGGUUUCUCUCGCUGCUGCAGUCAGAUCGUCAGCUGCUGCACGCUGGUGCUGUUUCACUGCGCCUUCCACUACGUCUCCGCAGUACAGCCCUCACUGUUCCAGGGUCACUCGUCUCUGAGUUCGGGUCCGUGGGUUCUGCUGGAGGAUCUGUCCAGUGUUUACGCUGACGUUGAAGUGGAGAGAAAACACACACACAAGAAACGCAAGCUGGCUGACGGACGAGAGAAGACCAUGAGCUCUGAUGAUGAGGACGUGUUGGCCAAAGGCAGAGGGCGGCACAUUGUGGUCAGCAAGUCGGAGAUGUUGAACUGGGCAGAGACGUUGGAUCACUUCCGCACGGCCAGAGAGAGCUGGGAUCUGCUGCACUCACACCCGAGCCUGGAGGCCGAGUUUGCGAAGAUCUGCUCAGCGUGGAAAACUGAGAUGUGGCUGUGGUUUCGCAUUUUCCUCACAGAUAUGAUCAUCUAUCAGGGUCAGUACCGUAAGGCUCUAUCCAGUCUGGCUCUGAUGUCAUCACUGCAGCUCCAGCAGAACCAAAACCAGAACCAGAACUCCCUGCAGACCGGCUCCAGCUCCAGCCUGGAGAACCACAGAGCCGUCAUCCAGCAGGCCUCGUGUCACUACGCUCUGGGGGAGUACAGGCUGGCGUGUGAGAAGCUCCUAGAGGCCGUCGGGGGUUUGUUACCGCAGAAUCAGGAGUUUGUGAAGAACAGCGACGAGCAGCGCAAACCCCGCAGCAAGACCAGGAGAGGUAAUGACCUGAGGCUCGUCCCCUGCACCAGUAAAUCCAUCCUCCCCUUCUGUCUUCAGCUCAUGCUGGCCUGUUUUAAACUGAGGGCUUUCACGGACAACAGGGACGACCUGGCUCUUGGUCAUGUGAUCGUGCUGCUGCAGUUUGAUUGGCCGCAGGGUGAAAGUCUCUUCUUGAAGGCGGUGGAUAAGAUCUGUCAGCAGGGCAGCUUCCAGUACGAGAACUUCUUCAACUACGUCACCAACAUCGACAUGCUGGAAGAGUUUGCUUACCUGCGCACCACUGAAGGGGGGCGUGUCCAGCUUGAGCUACUACCCAAUCAAGGGAUGCUGAUCAAGAACCCUAGCCCCGCCCUGGGGGUGGAGCUAAACACCCUGCUGCUGCCAGGGGCUCAGAAGGCUGACAGGCAUCACACUGUGACCCGAGGAAUCACUAAAGGUGUGAAGGAGGAUUUCCGGCUGGCGAUGGAGCGUCAGGUGUCCCGCUGCGGAGAAAACCUGCUCAUGGUUCUGCACCGCUUCUGCAUUAAUGAGAAGAUCAUCCUCAUCCAGUCUUUACCCUGAGUAACCUCAUAAGCGUGUGUGUGUGUGUGUCAGAUCGGCUUCACUUAAGACAUUACUGACUCCAUGAACCAAAACGUGAGGUAGGAUUUCAUGUGGGUGAAAAUUAGCAGACAUUUCCUUUUAUUCUCUGCUUGUACGAUGCAGAUUACAGCAUUUUCUCUUUGUACCAUUGUAAAAUAUGUCAUGAACCAGACAGUUUUUGUGUAAAAUAAUAAUGUUUUGUUGGCAGCUCGUGAUAAAUAAAACUGUGUUUUUGUAA